AGAUGCAACAUGUUACAGUCCCCUUGAAAGAGCUCUUCACUAGAAGAAAACAAAAUAAGCCUCCAAAUGGCACAGAGCUACAUUUACAAGUACAUGAGGGUCCGUGGCAAAUGGCAAAUGUUACGAGCCGAACCAAGGGUACAACUUUUUGUGUGGAUCCAGAAACUAAGCAGCCAGAAUGCAUUGGCUUAAAGACUCUUCCAGAAGUCUUGUCAUGGAAGCCUGUAGCAGAUUUUAUGUGCAACACCACGCCAUGCUUUUCCCGCCCUACAACACUCUGCACAAAACCAUCCACACUUGUGUGUCAUGACUUUAAAGGUGGCUACCUUGAGGACAGAUACCUUCAAGGAGGACAAAAGAAAAAUGCUUAUUAUUUCUCCAGAUGGGAGUGUGUUGACAUCUUUGUCUACUUUAGUCAUGACUUCAUCACAUUGCCACCUCUCGGCUGGGUGCUUUCUGCUCAUAAACAUGGAGUUUUGGUGCUAGGUACUUUGAUCACAGAGUGGGGGACUGGAGCUGAAUUGUGGGAAGAAAUUCUGUCAUCAGAAAGUACAUCAUAUCAGUUUAUCUCUAAGCUCGUAUCUAUGAGCAAACACUAUGGCUUUGAUGGAUGGCUGCUCAACAUUGAAAACAACAUUCAGGCAGACAAAGUCCCACACCUGAAAGAGUUUGUCAGGAGGCUAACGGAGGAGAGCCAUAUCAGUCUUCCAGGCUCCAAGAUUCUGUGGUAUGACAGUGUCACAGAGGCUGGUGACCUGAUGUGGCAGAAUGAACUCAAUGAGAACAACAGCAUCUUCUUUGAUGCCUGUGAUGGCAUUUUCUUGAACUACUGCUGGAAACUGGAAGGUCUGACAGCAUCAAAAGAAAAGGCAGUAGAGAAGAAUCGGCCAUACGAUGUUUUUGUUGGCAUUGAUGUGUUUGGCAGAGGAUGCCCAGGAGGGGGAGGUUUUAAUACUAGAGAAGCCCUUCAGGCUGCUCGGAGCAUGGAUUUAUCAGCAGCUGUGUUUGCACCAGGCUGGGUUCUGGAGACCCUGGGAGAAGAAAACUUUGAUGAAAAUGACUGCAGAUUUUGGGCCCAAUUAUCUGACCUUUGUUACCCGUCACCUAAGAGUGGUCUUCCUCUAGCCACUUCUUUCUGUCAAGGCCAGGGGGAGAGUUUUUUCUGCCUGGGGGAAAAAGUUUCAGACAAACCUUGGUACAACAUGAGUCUUCAGCAGCUGCAGCCUGAACGGACAUGUAAAGAGCCUUAUGGUCAUGAGAGUAUAACAUCACUGAAGAGCUGCCUUUCCUCAGCAUACUAUGGGGGCUGCAGUUUGCAGCUCUCUGCCUCGCUAGACGAUCAUCAGCUGGUUUCUUUCAGAUUAUUCAGCUUUUGUGAGAAACUUGAUCAACCUCUAUACUGCUCCUACACUUACCGAGAUACAGGAGCAACUCCUUGCAAACUUCAUGUUGUGCUUGGUGUGGAAUCAGGACAUCUGACCCAGCACAUAAUCAUGGGCUCCGUCGAGGAGGCAGGACUUGACAGUGGAACACAGAAUGUGAACAGUGAACCAGCAUCCACUGGGACUGUGGGAGGAAGAUCUGACAUUUAUGUGCAGCCCCUCUCAAGUACAGAGCUGGAAGCUUUAUCUUCAAGCAUAUGGUUUCAUGGUACCCAGAAUGAUGAAAAUGGUGCUGCCCACGAGCAGUGGCUGACAAGGUACUUUAAAGUAAGUAUUGCACACUUGUGGCAAGAGGAAAAGGCCAGGAUGGACAAGGAAAUUGUAUCAGUGGCUGUCAACCUCAGCAUGCAAUCAGUCACAGCAGCUGCCAGCCCAUGUAAGGAUCAAGGCACCACCAAGCCAGAGUCUACAGAGAGAGAGGAGAGAGGGAAAGAGCAGUGUUCAGUUGUUUUAGGGCAUUUUCAGAUUUUUAAAGAAGAAGAUCUUUGGCUGCAGCCACCCAUAAUCAAAAACAUCACCCUAGACAAGUUGGAGGACAGGCAAGAAUUCCUAAAGAUGGAAAACAAUGGCGUCAGCGAGAUGCCAGCUUUUUCAUCUCCUGCAGGCAACUCUGUAUCAAAAGACUUGUACUGCAUUCUUUGGGAAGUCCAAGGGAAGACAGUGGUAGACUUCUUCAAUGUCUACUUUGUGCAAGAUGAUAACAAAUUAUCUCUUGCAGGACAGUCAGCAACACCUGCCUUAGUUGUCACCAUUACACCACAACAGUUUAAGGAAGGAAAGAUUGUUGUAAUGAUACAACCUGUUCUGUCUUGUACUGCCUUGCCUCUUCCUUCUUCCAAGUGCCAUAGUGAAACCCUAUUCCUGAACUCAUCAUGAACCUAAAUAUUGCUGUGCAACUCUUGCUUAAUAAUGUCUGUAAUGGUGUGCUUAGGGGAGAAAUGUCCAUGAACUGUUGAUUGCUUUAUCAUCUGUCAACACUUCAAGAUACUACCCUCUUUCAUUUACAUAUGCUGGAGCAUUGCCUUUACUUUUGUAAGCUCUUCUGUAUUUCUGUAUUACUGUAUAAACUUGGCCAUUUUUGAUACAACAUUUAAAGAUUGACGCUAAAUUGGCAUUUGGUGUCACUGCAUCAUUUUAUCCUCUGUCAUUCCAUAAAUCUAUUGAUAACCUCAUGACACUUUCUAAAAACUCAAGAAGCAGAAUAGUCAGAAGCUACACUUUCAAAUAGCCGGACAGCAUAUCUGCAUACAAAGCAUAUUGGACAAUCUGCAGAGUAUAAUUAAAAUUUCUUUAUUACAUCUUACAUUAAAAAGAAUUGUACACAGAUCUGUGCUUUCAACAUCUUUUGAAAUUAGGGGGAGGGAGGGAGAUGUUGAUAAUUUUUGACCAUGCAAACAUACAUAAAUAUGUGAAACCGAGAAAAAUCACAAUGCAUUUUAGCAAUAAUAUAAUCAUCUUAACUGGUGAAGUUUUGCAUCCAAUCUUGUCUUAGGACUAACCAGUAUAAUCACAGUGUUUUUAAAAAGCAAAUGUUUCAACAGAAAACUUUGCAUUUCAGCAAGCUGCAUCUCUAGGACUACACAUGCCUUUUACAUCAAGUUAUUUUGAUGACUGCAUGGCUUAACCACUGGCAGCUAUUUGAGGUUUUAGCUAGCUAUCAAAUGUUCCAAAAAACCACUAGUGAGUAAUGAUGCUGAAUCUAGAAGUGAGCUAUGUCCCUGGGUAGGAUAGGCACAUCCAUUCCUGGGGGUUGAUUUAGUACCUUCAUAUAUGGCCCAGAAGUGUUCGCAGGCCCCGGAUCUCAAGAGUUUCUGCUGCUUUUCAUUCACUAAGAAUAAAAACCACAAAGUCCACAGCUGCUGACAAAUACAGUCUUUACCGAUUGUUCCCAGGUGCCAUAAAGUUUGGUUUUAAGAAAGGUGUCGGCUGGUAAAUAGUUGCUGACAAGCUAGCUUUCAUUUCUUGUAUGCAAGCAGUUUGUGCUACAUUUCUCCAUCUACAAUUCAUAACCUUUUGGCUCCCUCAUCUGUACAUGGCAAACUGCCAUCAACGGUCUUUUAAAUUUCUGUGAACACGUAAACUUGAACAUGCAAUGUGCUGAAGAUACAUAAAUCACCCCUAUUCAGAAUGAGAA